GCUUUGCAGAACCUGCCCUGCUUCAAUUAGUGGGUGGAUUGACCCAUUGCUCUGGGAGAGUCGAGGUGUUUUAUGGCCAGCACUGGGGAACGGUGUGUGAUGAUGACUGGGACUUGGCUGAGGCAGAAAUGGUGUGCACACAGAUGGGCUGUGGGAAGGCCUUGUCGGCUACCCAUGCGGCUUACUUUGGGCAAAGAUCUGGAUCCAUUUGGCUUGAUGAUGUCAGCUGCACAGGGACAGAAGCUGCUCUCUCCCAAUGCAGAAGCACUCCUUGGGGAAGCCAUAACUGCGGGCACAGAGAAGAUGCUGGCGUGGUUUGUACAGGUGUUGCAGAACCAGCUCCCAUCCGGCUCGUGAAUGGUCCAAAUCGUUGCACCGGCAGAGUUGAGGUGUUCCAUGAGCAGCAGUGGGGAACUGUGUGUGAUGAUGGUUGGGAUACAGCUGAAGCCAGUGUUGUGUGCAGGCAGCUGGGCUGCGGGGCAGCACUGUCAGCCCUGAGUUCAGCUCAUUUUGGGCAAGGGCCUGACCCCAUCUGGCUGGAUGAUGUGAAUUGCUCAGGGAUGAAUGAAGCUGCCCUCUCUGAGUGUAGGGCCCAGUCUUGGGGGUCCCAUAACUGCAAGCAUGGAGAAGAUGCUGGUGUGGUGUGCUCAGGUAACCCCUCUCUGUGUCCAUCUGUAUGA